GUUGAAAUGUACACGUUGCAAAGAGAUCAGGCAAAUGCAAUCAUCCAUCGUUCUGAAAUCAUGGCUCCCAGCCCUCAAAGCGACGCAACUGCAGCAAAUCGCACAAGCAACAGGAAUCGCCUCGUCAGGGACGAAACGGAUCCUCAUUGAGCGACUGGAAGCCGAACUCUCCCAGACACGCGAGGAAGUGGAAUCCCGAAAGAACGAUGAGAUGAGCAUCUUGAGCAUCGACAUGGGGAUCCAGAAUCUGGCGUACGCGCAUCUUCUCGUUCGAGAGUCGAAGCCUCCAGUCUUGAAUACAUGGCGGCGAUUCUCUUUGAUGACUGCCGAUCCAGCAGAUUCAACGACGACAAGUAUUCCAGUUGAUGGGGGGGAUAGUAAGGAUGAAAAGAAGAAGAAGAAGAAGAAGAAGAAGAAAAAUUCGACCGACUUUUCACCCCCCCUCUACGCAGCACAUGCAUACGAUCUGACUUCAACUUUACUGGAGAAAUACCACCCCACGCACAUCCUGAUCGAGCGCCAGCGGUUUCGUACGGGGGGUAGCAGCGCAGUACAGGAGUGGACGAUCCGCGUCGGCAUGUUGGAAGGGAUGAUCUAUGCUGUUCUACAUACUUUGUCCAAAACCUCGCAGACCUCGCAGCAGAACACCACUACACCACAAGUUAUUCCUAUCCAGCCGCAGCGGGUGGUACGAUACUGGCAGGAUUCGAAGAACAAGGUCACAGGCCGGGAAGGGAAAAAGGACAAGAUCGAUCGAGUGGCGAGAUGGCUGUCUCUUGGUAAUGAUGAUACAGCUACUACCCCUGCUAAACUUUGCGUCGGGAAUCCUUCUGUCCAGGAUACUGUCGAUGCAUAUCUGGGCAAGUGGAGGAAAGACCGCAAAUCCACUACUGCUGCAGGCAUUGGCGGUGCCAGUGGCAUCGGCAAAUUGGAUGACCUUGCCGAUUGCUUGUUACAAGGUCUGACCUGGUUGGAGUGGCGGAGUAUGCGUGAGAGAUUGGCCAAAGGGGAGGUCGAUGAUACUAUAUAGUUAGAUGGGGGACUAGUUAGUUAUAUAUCAUCACUUGUAUUUACUAUUACCACUACUGUCAUACUUCGUAUGGAUAGGUCGUGAUACUUUUCGCACGCUGUAAUAAACAAAAGAAGUCUAAUAACUGUACAGUAGAAUGGAAUGAAUCGUGUCUCCCUCGCACCCGUCUCGAAGUCUGGUCACGGCCAUCUGACAUACGGAGAUGAAAAUGCAAGGAUAAACCUCGGUCAAGAUAUGACAAGAGCAAAGCUCGGUUGAAGAGGAGGGGGG